UCAGCUCGCGUCGCGUGGCAGCAGUUCGGCACGUCCUCCUCCUCUCCACGCUCCAGCCAGCUCCUGGCUCCAUCCACCAGCCACCAGGGACAUCCUCGCACGAACCCCGCUUCAAAAAUUUCGAGACCACGCAGGCAGAGCCCCAGAUUACAUCAAAUCCACGACCAGUCUACCACCACCGCCUCCCUUCCGUCUUUCAUUUUCAGAUUUCCUUUUUGUCCCCUCGUGCGCCUCGCGACGAGCCGACAGGCCUCCGGAGAGAUCGAUCGCGAUCGGCCCUAUCCAUGUCGACCUCGCGCAGGCGAACCCUCCUCAAGGUCAUCGUCCUCGGCGACAGCGGGGUCGGGAAGACGUCGCUGAUGAACCAAUAUGUUCACAACAAGUUCAGCCAGCAGUACAAAGCUACAAUUGGUGCGGAUUUCGUCACCAAGGAGGUCCUUAUUGAAGACAGGCUUGUCACAUUGCAGAUCUGGGACACAGCAGGGCAGGAGAGAUUCCAGAGUCUUGGUGUUGCAUUCUACAGAGGAGCAGAUUGCUGUGUGCUCGUUUAUGAUGUCAAUGUUAACAGGUCAUUCGAUACGCUCAACACAUGGCAUGAUGAGUUCCUCAACCAAGCUAGCCCAUCAGAUCCCAAAACUUUCCCAUUCAUCCUGCUUGGGAACAAGAUUGAUGUUGAUGGUGGCAAAAGCCGAGUGGUUUCUGAGAAGAAAGCAAUUGAGUGGUGUUCUUCGAAAGGCAAUAUUCCUUAUUACGAAACUUCUGCAAAAGAAGACUACAAUGUCGAUGACGCAUUUUUGUCUGUUGCAAAGCUUGCCCUAGAGCACGAGCGUGAUCAGGACAUCUACUUCCAAACAGUUGCGGAUCCUGUCCCCGAGACUGAACAGAGAGGCGGAUGUGCAUGCUAGCAGUUAGUCAUCUUUGUCCCUUCCAGUUUUUGCGUACUAUUUGUGAUAUUCUUUUCAAGUGAUGCUGGGCAUUCCUUCGAUUUCACAAAUGUACACCAAGGUUCCUAUGCAGCCCACCAAUUCGCUUUUGUAGCCACUGUAAGAUAGUUAGCGACUAUGGUUCUGGUACACUGGAUACUGACAAGGAGCCCUGUUUCUUCAGUUGGGCAAUAAGAGUGCACAGUGGUACUGCUGAUACAAUUUAGGAUGUGGCCUCUCAGUGGUCAAUCUCCUAAGACUCAAUUAUAUUCGUGUAGCUGUUUCUUAUUGAUGUUCACAGUGUUGAAUUUUUGUUGAGACAAAGCAUACUGCCUCUCCAUGUCUUAGAUCAUGAACAUUUGUGAUCUGUCCCUCAUCUGCGUGGAAUGUAAUUUUUUGGAAUAUUUGGUUAGUGAUUUGGACGGCCGCUAGCUUGCACUGUUGUUUGAAAUGUUCAAACAUUAUGAAUACUUCUUUUUCUGAAUAAGGAGCGACAUUGUCACUACUAUUA